ACCGAAGGGCUGAUUCCGGUCAUAUACAUAGUUAUCACCAAAUCAUAAUUAAUUAAUAUACAUUCUCACCUCAAUUUUGUGAUUGUAGACAAAUUUACACCAUAGGUGGAUAAGUCUUUUUGGGAAUGGAUAAAACGUCAAACUCGAAAACAAUAAAGGACAAUAAUGUUUCCACUGUCCGUACUGCUCGCAAAACCUCUUACCCCAAUCUACAACAAAGAGCUUCAAGAUCCAGCAUAGGCAGAAAGAGAUAGAGAGAAAGAGAGCUGUAGAGAGUCGGAGAAAAACAGAGAUGCAUAGAUAGAAAAAAAAAAAUUCUAUCAUAGACAUUUUAUCAAACACCUUUCAUACAAUAUUUAUUUUUCUAAACGCGACUCUCUUAUCCUAACAUUAGUUAUAUAUCUAGAGAAUAACAAACCACUUCUAUCACCCAUUUUAUCAAACACCUUUCGUACAAUCUUUAUUUUUCUUAACGCGAUAGUUUAUAUGUAUAGAUAGAGAGAGAUCAAACCACUUCUAUCACAGACAUUUUAUCAAACGCCUUUCGUGCAAUCUUUAUUUUUCUAAAAGCGACUAUAUAUACGUUACAUACCCGGUAAAUAUGAAGUUUUUUGUUGAAUUGGUGGCGUGUUGUGGCUGUAAUUCAUCUCGUGUGCGACAGGUUGAAGCAGAGGAAAUGGGACCUCUUGUACCUGCAGCUGCUGAAGCAUCGUCUGAUAAUAAUAAUAAUAAUAAUAAUAAUAAUAUUGUUAUGUAUAAAAGGAGGAAGAGAGGGAGAAGAGUGAAAGCGAGAUCUGCUGGUUCAUUUCCUGAUUGGAAACCGUCUCUUUCGUCUAUAUCAGAGGAUCAUGAUGCUUUCCCUACAAGAAUGGCUGUUAAUUCCAACAGGAAUCUGAAGAAGAGCGCAACUGCUUCUCGUCAUCAUCAUCGCGAUAAAGUCAGGAUAGCUUGCUUUUCUGCAAUGGGUCCAGCAUUUGCUCCCACUCCUUUCUUGAUGUGAUAUUGGGAGUUGGGACUAAUCCAAAUUACCCUCCUGCUCUCUUUUGUUUUGUAAAUUUAAACUCUGUAUAUCGUGUAAAGUUUUUUUUUUCUUUUUUCUUUUUUCAUUUCUCUUCAAUUUCCAUUAUGUUCUCUCUCCCUAUCUGUAUUAAUGCAAGGGCUGUAAUAUUUGUAAAAAUGAAAAGGAAAAAAAAAUACUCCAAAACUAUAUUAAGUAUAUAUGGAUAAACUUAUUGAGAA